AUGGUUUCUCUCCGACAGCUUAGCACUCGUCGAGCAUCUGAAGCCAUGUGCGAGAAAGACGCUGCCGUGAUGCAUCUUGAGGACCAACCACAUUCUGAAUUCUCUUCCGAGGACCGAGAAUUUCUGAAUAACUUCACGGAGGAGGCAAAACUCAAAGUGUUGAAGAAGCUUCGACUUAUUCCUAUUUUUGUUCUUCUCUACUUGAUGGCUUAUAUUGAUAAAACAAAUAUUGGGAAUGCCAAAAUUGAGGGUCUUCUUCCCAGCCUACGAAUGAACGGAAAUCAAUACAACAUUGCACUCUCGAUCUUCUUUAUCCCAUAUGUUCUAGCCGAGGUUCCAAGCAACAUGAUAUUGAAUCGGCUACGCAAGCCAUCGCGCUAUUUAGGGGCGCUUAUAUUUCUUUGGGGGAUCAUAAUGACAUGCACUGGAUUUAUCAAGAACUUUGCCGAUCUUGUUGCGGUUCGAUUUCUUCAGGGACUUUUCGAGGCCGGGUUUCUUCCUGGCGCUGUCCUCGUGAUAUCCAAGUGGUAUCUCCCAGAUGAGACACAAACUCGAAUUGCUAUCCUCUAUACCUCUGCUGCCUCGGGUGGUGCAUUCUCUGGUCUUCUUGCUUUCGGAAUUGCCAAGAUGGAUGGCAUUGGCGGCUACGAAGGCUGGCGUUGGAUCUUUAUUAUUGAAGGGCUCAUAACCGUUUCCAUGGCAGUUCUUUGUUAUACCCUGCUCAUCGACUCUCCAGCCCUAUCACCCAAGUGGCUUAGCCCGGAUGAGAUUCGCUUUUUAGAACUUCGUCAAAUUGCGAAUCUGAACCCGGGUCAGAACCAUAAAUCUUUCGACAUGGGAGCUUUGAUUAGCGUUGUUACGGACUGGAAGAUCUAUCUUCUGAUCUUCGCCGCCUGGUCAAAUUCUGUUCCGAACUAUGCUCUCAAAUUCACCAUGCCUGAAAUCAUCACCUCGAUGGGUUACACUUCUGCCAAGGCUCAGCUACUGACAAUCCCACCCUACGCCGUUGGCGCCUUUUCUUCUUAUGGCUUUUCGGUACUUGCCGACCGCUAUAAAUGGAGAAUGCCAUUUAUCCUUGUUCCCCAGCUAUCUAUCGUCGUCGCAUUUGCGAUUUUAUUUUCCAAAGCCGCUGAAAUCGAGAACAACAUAGCACUCUGCUACUUUGGGGUAUGUGUCGCUUGCUUUGGAAUGUACCCGAUUCUCCCAGGUGUCAAUACUUGGAAUGUUUCCAACAAUCCCGACCCGCACAAACGAGCCGUCGCUAUCGGAUACCUGAUAUGUAUGGGAAAUGUAGGUGGGGUUAUUGGCAGCUUUAUUUAUCGCGCAGAUGAGAAGCCUCGAUAUCCAACGGGUUACGGCACAUCCUUGGCAUUUGCGGCGGCAGGAAUCGUCGCCUGUCUUGUCUUAGAAGGAUUUCUCUGGAGAUCCAACAAAAUGAACACAGAUCUCACCGAGGAGGAAAUCCAUCAAAGGUAUACUGCAACAGAGCUCCAAAACAUGGCUGAAAGAAGUCCACUAUUCAAGUACACGCUCUAG